AUGGGGAAGCUUGUCCAGCCUGCUGACCUCACCGUGGCCCCUGAAGGCUGCCACCCCUUGGUAACCACAGGCAUGGAUGAUGUCGUGGUCAAUUUCGAGACCGGGGUGCACGAAUGUGGCAGCAGCGUGCAGAUGACAAAUGAUGCCCUGGGACACAGAACCUUCCUGUUCCACACGCUCACUGUGGGAAACCUGUCCAUCUUGAGGACCAAUCAUGCAGAAGUUCCCAUCGAGUGUUGCUACCCCAGACAUCGCAACACGAGAAGCCAGGCGCCCUUCAGGACCACAGUGCCCUCAAAGAAGCUGGCUUUCUCCCUGUGCUUGAUGUGGGAGACAUGGAGCGCCGAGAUGUCUGCCACCUUCCACCGGGGCGAGGCGGCCCACCUGCAAGCCGAGGUCCAUAUCGGCAGCCACCUGCCCCUGAAGCUCUUCGUGGACCACUGUGUGGCCACACCGACACCAGACCAGGACGUGUCCCCUGGUUACACCAUUGUGGACUUCCAUGGCUGCCUCUUGGCCUGGCUGUCUGAUGGCUCUUCUCCAUUCCAUGCCCCAGUCCCAGGCCAGACGUUCUGGUUCAUGGUGGAUGUGUUUUACUUCACUAACGACUCCAGAAACAUGAUAUACAUCACCUGUCAUCUGAAGGUUACUCCAGCUAACCCAGAGCAACUGAACAAAGCCUGCUCUUUCAACAAGUCUUCCAAUAGCUGGUCCCCAGUAGAAGGCAUUGAGGACACCUAUAAGUGCUGUGACAAGGGAGACUGUGGUGGUUCAGGCUAUGCCAGGAGACAGCUCCCUGGUGUGAGCCAGGGGUUCAGAUCCACUUCACGGAACCAGAAGCACAAGCACAUAACAGAAGAAGCAGACAUCACCACGGGACUAUGUCUGGGCUUGGGCCUGGCUGCAGUGGAGCUCCUGACCCUGGCUGUGGUCAUGAGUCUUUCCAGGUGGUGCCACACUGCUUCCCACCCUUUGUCCCUUUCCCAGAAAAAUGAGAAAACAAAAUUAUUUGAAAGCCCACAGCAUUGGAAUGCCCCCGAUCAAGGCUGGUGUCCCAUGUUCAUUUUGAAAUACAUGUACGACCAUUUAAGUUUGGAGCUUUCUUCAGUAUAG